AUGAUUUCAGGUGAAAAUGAAAAUGAAGAAUCUUUAUCGUCAUCUUUUUCAUUAUCCAAGAAGAAGAGCAACAAUAAUAUUAGCGAGAAUAGCAAUCAUCAUAGACAACUACAACAAAAAAGUUCUUUGGAUGGAAAUAAUGAGGAUGAAUAUUUAGAAAACAUCACAGAUGCUUCUAUUCAUAUUAUUGUCAAUCAGCCCUCUGCAGGGCAAGGUAACUCCACCAAUGUAUUUUCCCUGAUUGAGGAACUUAAUAAUAAAGUGGAAAGUGGUUUUAGAAAUGUUGAUAAUAAAGUGGAAAGUGGUUUCAGGAAGGUACAAAAUGCUAUGGACCAAUCACUCUAUUCAUCAGGUAUUGUAACAGAAACUGAUAAGGGCAAAAAAGUGCAAGAAAAUGGAACCCAAAUUGACUUUCCACUCAAUGUGACCACAAGUACCAAAUCAAAAGCACCUGGAAAAUUAGCUGAAGUAGAAGAUGAAUUCCAAUUUCAAGAACAUAGCUAG